CUCAGAGUGACAAUAAGAAACACGGUCCUCUACUGAAGACACGCAGCACUGAAGUGAUUGAUAAGGAUGAAGGGGCUUCUGCUCCUGUGUCUGAUCUUCUUCUGUGAAGGUCAAAGGUCAUCAGCCUGCCCUCACGGUUGCUCCUGUCAUGGCAGUCAGGUGGACUGCAGCGGCAGAUCUUUCACCUCCUCCUCGCUCCCCACUGGCUUCCCUGCCGGCACCACCGACCUCCGUCUCCAUAACAACCUGCUGACCCACCUCCCUAACGGGCUGCUGGACAACCUAAUUUCCUUCCAGUCAGUCUCCCUCCAUGGGAACCCAUGGGUGUGUGACUGCGGGGUCCUCUACCUGCGGGCCUGGCUGCUGCGUCAGCCUGCCAGCCAAGCAUCACACUUGGGCGUCAACUGCACCUCCCCUCCCAAUCUGAGAGGGAGGCUGGUGGUGUAUUUAUCCGAGGAGGAGGUCCUGGACUCAUGCUACUACUGGUACUGUGACCUGGCUUUGGCCUCGCAGGUGUGCCUGUUUAUAUUCGUGCUGGUGCAGGCGGUUCUGCUGGUGGCCAUUGUCAUGUUCAUGAGGAAGUUUGAGAGGAUGUCCAAGGAGGCGAGGAGGACCACAGAGGAGAGUUUCACGGCCGGGGAGGAUCAGAGGAGCAACGUCUACGUGUCUUUAAAGGAAAGCAGCAUCUGACUUUGAGCUGUGUUUGUGUGAUUGUAGAGAAGUAAAGAGAAGUAAAAUAUGUUUAUCAUUUGGACACUGGUGAGAAAAUGCCUGUCGGAUACUUUUAAGUCUCAGAUUAAGAUCACAAAGUUACUUUUCAUGCAGAAACAGGCGACAAAUUAAAGGACCAGUGCAGAUAAGAAUCACUAACAGGUUUAUUGCCAAGUCUGUCAGUGUAUUACAGUAUUAUGACUUUUUAAAGCUGUACCUAUGUUUUUUUAAUUCAACACACAAUUACAGUUAAAAACCUGAAUAAAACAGAAACAGGUUUAUUGCCAAGUUUUA